AUGGCAGUGGGUACCAGCGUCAGGACAGAGCUCAUGCCUGCCACAACUGAGCAGCAGCAGUCACAACCGCAAAAGAAAGUGGUGAAAAAAAUCCAUUAUCCAUUCUGGUUCGGCGGGUCGGCGUCAUGUUUUGCUGCUGCUGUUACACAUCCUUUGGAUCUUGUAAAGGUCCGAUUACAAACCCGCGCUCCCAAUGCGCCAAAAUCUAUGCUGGGUACAUUCGUCCAUGUCGCUAAGAGCAAUGGUGUGCUGGGGUUAUACAGCGGUCUUUCCGCCGCCAUCCUUCGACAGAUGACAUACUCAACAACCCGCUUCGGCAUAUACGAGGAACUAAAAUCUCGAUUCACCGACCCCAACAGUCCGCCUAAGAUGCUGAGUCUACUCUGGAUGGGCUGCGUAUCCGGAUUUAUAGGCGGCGUAGUCGGCAACGGAGCCGAUGUGUUGAACGUUCGGAUGCAGCACGACGCCGCACUACCAGCCCACCAACGACGAAACUACAAACACGCCAUUGACGGAUUGAUUCGCAUGACCCGCGAAGAAGGCGUCACCAGUCUAUUUCGCGGUGUUUGGCCCAACUCGACCCGUGCAGUGCUCAUGACCGCCUCCCAACUUGUCUCCUACGACAUCUUCAAACGUAUAUGCACCGACAAAUUCGGCAUGCCGGAUAGUCUCUCGACGCAUUUCACGGCGUCGAUAUCAGCGGGUUUCGUGGCUACGACGGUAUGUAGUCCCGUCGACGUGAUCAAGACGAGGGUCAUGAGUGCGUCGCCCUCGGAAAGCAAGAGUGGGUUGAUGCAUCUUUUGCGUGAUAUAUAUCGCAAGGAAGGUGUGUCGUGGAUGUUUAGAGGGUGGGUACCGGCUUUUGUGCGUCUAGGGCCCCAUACCAUUGCUACAUUCCUGUUCUUGGAGGAACAUAAGAAGUUAUAUCGAAAGAUCAAAGACCUAUAG